UGGAGGAAUCAAGUACUUGUUUCAUAUGCUAAAUAUACCAUUGUUGAAAUAAUCCUUAUUCUUGACAACCCUCUUCAGCCUACGAGGACUGAAGCUCAAUAAGCUGAAUGGUCAUUUGUUAUUGCCUUGCACCAAAAUUUCGGGUCAUUUCAUACGUGGAGCAGUUCUUCCAUUUUAUGCUGGUUUCUUCGAGGCUGUUCGAGUUCGACAGAUGUGUUCUUGGUUUAUGAGAAGUGUCUUUAUACAAACGGUUUAUCUCGAGCUCUCAUCUGUUGUGGGCUUCAAGGAAGGCCAAUAGUUAGUUUGUGUGCAGUGCAACAGACAAGUUGAAUCCAGUGAUUUUCAUUGAAAGGGGAAACGUUUUGUACAUCAAGACAUUCUCCAACCAAGCUGAAAUGGAAAACUGCAAAUCAACGCUGGAGCUGACGGGCCCUGAUGUAGAAAAAGCAAACGUGACCAUCAAAGGAAAAUCCAAGGUUUUGAGAUGGCAAGUGGCCUUUGCCUUGCUGCUGAUAGUAGCCGUGGCUGCCAGUGUGACCAUGGGGUUAUUGUAUUAUUACAAGGAUGACAACGCUGUAACAGUCACUCCACAGCCAUCACAACCACCUCCACAACCAACUGGCGAGUACCAAUACGCCAAGGCUGCCGUGGCUGCUGAUGCUGGCGAGUGCUCAGAGAUUGGCCGGGAUAUGCUGGAAAAGGGAGGCACAGCCGUAGACGCUGCGAUAGCAGCAUUUCUUUGCGUUGGUCUUUAUAACUACCACAGUGCCGGCAUUGGCGGAGGCUUCUUCCUGUUAUUCUACAACGCCAAGACUAAAACCAUUGAAAUGUUGGAUGCGAGAGAGAAAGCGCCACUCGCUGCCUUCGAAAAAAUGUACGAAAAUGAGACAGAAGACGCCUCCACUUCAGGUGGCUUAUCCAUUGCUGUUCCUGGGGAGAUAGCAGGUUACUGGACCGCUCAUCAACGAUACGGUGUGCUACCCUGGAGUGAUUUAUUUCAACCUUCGAUCAAAUUGGCCGAGGAGGGAAUAUUGGUUAGCAGAGAGCUGGCUCGUGUCAUUAAAAUAAGAGAGAGUUACAUGAAGAACGAUCCAAGUUUAGGGGAAAUUUUUCUGAACUCAGAAGGGGAGAUUCUGAAGGAAGGAGAUACACUGGUCGACAUCAAACUGGCUGAAACUUAUAAGAAACUAGCAGAGGGUGGAGAGAAUGCUUUCUAUAAAGGAGAUCUUGCCGAUGACAUCGUGGCCGACAUUGCCGAUAGAGGUGGUAUCAUCACAAAGGCAGAUCUAGAAAGUUAUCAAGUAAGACGGAGGGAACCUCUAAUGAUUGAGUUGGAUGGUAUGAAGGUGUACUCGCCUCCCCCACCAGGCAGUGGUGCCGUGUAUGCACUCAUAAUGAACAUCCUCCAGGGUUAUGGCAUUGGUCCAGAUAGCAUUGCUACCACUGAAGCUGAAAUCUUGACAACUCAUCGUAUGGUAGAGGCUUUCAAGUUCGGGUAUGCAGGUCGAUCAUUUCUUGGGGAUGAAGACUACGUUGAUGUCAAAGAAAUCGUUGCAAACAUGACGUCACAGUCUUAUGCAGACUCCUUACGAGCCGCUAUUGAUGACAACAUGUCUCACGAUCCGUCUUACUAUACUGCCUACUACAAUCAGCCUGAUGGCGGCACAUCUCACCUGUCGGUCGUUGAUACAUACGGCAAUGCUGUAGCUGCAACGAGCACCAUAAACCUUUAUUUUGGAUCCAAAGUUCGUGGCAAUCGGACAGGAAUCCUCUUCAAUGACGAGAUGGAUGAUUUCUCAAAGCCCGGAGAACCAAACGCUUUCGGUGUCCCACCGUCUGUUUCAAACUUCAUCCGGCCAGGAAAACGACCAAUGUCCUCCAUGACACCCACCAUAGUGGUGGAUCGUGACGGCAAAGUGAAACUCCUGGUUGGUGCGUCAGGAGGUACGCGCAUUACCACCGGUGUGGCGCAGGUAACCGUGGAUACAUUGUGGUAUGGUGACAGCAUAAAAAAUGCGAUCCAACGCAGGCGUUUUCAUCAUCAGUUAGUUCCAAAUAAUGUCACUUAUGAAGCAGGUUUUAAACAGGACGUCAUUAAUGGUUUGAGAGCAAAAGGCCAUUAUCCUUACGAGUCUACGAGAGGCUGCGUGGUGCAAGGCAUAAUGCGAGACGCACAGGGAUUCUGGAGCGCUUACAGUGACGACCGGAAAGGAGGCUCUUCAGCUGGUAUAUAAAGUUGACUUGGGACGAUGAGACCGCUCUAUAGCAACAAUUUUUAUGUUUCAGUGAUUUGACAAAGUUGAUUGACAUGUGAAACAGUUGUUGAGAACUUGUUAUUCAACUGAUUUUGCAUAAAGAAUAGUUCAUAUUUUUCGAAAAAGAUCAGAAAAAUAAAUAUGAAUAUUAUUAUCAUUAUUUUUUGCAGGUUUUUUUGUUUAUUUUUUCACUCAAAAUCAACUGAUGAAUGGGGUCAAAUUAUUUCCUGAAAGAUAAAGCCAGUGUUCAAAGUGGUUUUGCUGUAUCCUGGGAUCACCUCCCAAAAAUGCUGUCGGGGCACACACCAUGCUAGACACGCCACUGCAUUAUGAUAAAUUUUUCUUCCUCUGUAUAGGCCAGUAAUUAA